AGAGGGCGCCAAGACGGUACUUCACUGCUAACGUUAGCUAGCGAGCUCGCCGAGGUCCAAGCAGGCUUGAGUUGUGCCGUCUGUAGCUAUGGUGUGUAUCCCCUGCAUCGUCAUCCCCGUUCUCCUGUGGGUUUAUAAGCGGUUCCUGGAGCCCAUCGUUUACCCGUUCAUCUCUCCAAUCAUCAGCCGCUUCUGGACUAAAACAGCAGUCCAGGAGACGGGCGCGGGAAACCUGAAGGCUGAGGGCAGCGGGACCGCGGACAUCUCCACAGCUAACAGAACGACCACAGCCUCAGACAAAAAGGACGACUGACACUACACACAACCAUGCCGCCACAGCGUCAUGGUGUAGACAUGGUCUGCCUUGGCCAUACUGUGAUUAAUUAUUAUUCUGCUCUCACUGGAUUAUUAGACCUCCUGUGUAUCAUAUGCUUUCUGUGUCUUUUCUAUGGAUCAUCUCUGAUUGUGGAGAAAAAAAAAAGUAAUAUAUAAACUUGUUGCUUGUUGUCCAUUCCUGGAUCAGUUUUGAGAGUUUAGUUUCCACAGUAUCUUUGAGUAUAAGUUCUAAGAAAAAUAAAGAUUUGAGUCUCAUA